AUGUCGGUCGACGGAGUUCAUCCGAUGAAAGUGAGGAUUAUUGUGACAAAGCAUGUGCAGACCGAUGCGAGGCAGUUCAAAACGGUGGUCCAAAGCCUCACCGGAAAGGACUCGAUGGUUGCGGCGAUGGCCGACGGGCGAGCUGAGAGGGGUGGUGAUGUAGGGAGAAAGCGGCCGGCUCGGAGGGAGGUGGUGCGUAAGGAGUUGAAGGGGCUGUCCAUGGAGUUGAUGCCUUCCAUGGAUGAGUUGUCUGAGUUGUUGAGAGAAUAG